UUAAUCGAUAGUGAAAUAAUUUUGAAUAAUAAAAUAUAUAUAUUCAGUAAAUUAUAAUUCUAAAAUAAACGAAGUUAGCCUUGAACAAUAUUAUUUUUUGCCAAUUAUUUAUUUUCCAGUAAUUUUCUGAACAGAACUGUUGCUGAUAUUUUAUCAGACAUAAAAAAAAAACAAAAGAAAUAAAGAAACAAAGAAAACAAUCAGUGGAAUAACAAAAAAAAAUUUGUCCGUUAAGGGUAGAAAGGUUUGAGAGUAGUGUUGAGGGUUAGUAUUGUAUGAGAAAGGAUAAUAUAGGGUGAAAAAGGAGAGCGAUGAUUGGGCGGGGCAGAGGAUGCGUGGUCUGGUCUAGCCCGGCCACAUCCAGUCUGCCGCCGACUGCGUAGUUGCGCAGUAUUGCCACUGAGUGUCGUGUGUGCUAGUAGAAGAGGAUAUAAAUGGUAUGCCGGUGCACGGGUCAGCACUGACUCUCUUUCUCCGGUCCUUUGUAAAACAUCGUAUCUCUUCGUUCUAGGGUCGUUCACCCUGAACGUGCUCGCGUUAUCCUUCGAAAUCCAUUGUUUUUCUGCUGUGGUCUUCUUUCAUCGCAUUAUUCAUUCUGAUUGAAUUUCCAGCAAGUUUUCUGAUACUUCUUUCUACGCCGAGAAACUAUUGGUCAAUUAUUAUUCUCUCUCUCUCUCUUUUCUCUCUCUCUCUCUCUCGGUUUCUAUUCUUCUAUCAACGAAAAUUGAGAGAUCAAGUAAGAAGAUAUUUAACGAAUAGGGAUGGAUAAAGUGGUGUGACCUUAAAUGAAUCAAGAGGACAGUAUCUAGCAAGUUGAGAAAAGAAGAAAUUUCGUUGACAGAAAGCAUAGGAUUAAGUACAAAUGGCUACGCCACCGGAUUCACCGGGACCGGAAGAGGCCCUCUUCGACUUCGAGAGUACAAGAACCAGACAACAGACUACAAGACCGGUUGCCCUUGAGGAAUUGCUCCGACAAACCAAGUUCUCUAGGCAAGAAAUACGCGUGAUGUAUCGUGGCUUUAAACAGGAAUGUCCAGAAGGUGUAGUGCACGAAGAUUUAUUUAAGGAUAUCUAUGCAAAAUUUUUCCCCCAUGGCAAUUCUAGUCUUUAUGCUCAUUAUGUGUUUAAAGCGUUCGAUGUUAACUGCAAUGGUGCCAUGAAUUUUAGGGAUCUUCUCGUCAUUUUAUCGACUUUGCUACGAGGAAGUAUCUACGAGAAAUUACGAUGGAUUUUCAAGCUUUAUGAUAUAAACGGUGAUGGCUGCAUCACCAGGGGCGAGUUAUGGGAAGUAGUGAUUGCGGUACAUGAGCUCAUGGGUCGACGACAUCAUGCUGAAGAGGAAAGAAAAGCGAGGGAGCAAUUGGAUAGGGUAUUCAAGAAGUUUGACUUAAACCAAGAUGGUAUAAUAACGAUCGAAGAAUUUAUGGAGAGUUGUUUAAGGGAUGACGUGACUACACGAUCGUUGGCAAAGUUUGAUUACGCGUUUUGAUCUCCGGAGAAGGAAGAGCCCCCGGUGAUGACCACGACAACGCCACCAACGCCGCCAACGCCGCUCUCUACUACUACAACUACCUUUUCACAAUCCCAAUCGCCUUCACCACCGCCGCCGUCCUACUCUUUGCU